AUGGCAGAAGAUGCAGAUACAAUCGUUGAUGUACACUAUAAUGGGGUGUUCACACCUACCCCAUUGAUGUAUUUUAAUGGAAUAAAAGCCUCUGUACCAUACAUGGUUGUGAACAAGAUGAACUACCCUGAUUUCAUCCCCUUUCUUGAAAAGCUUACUAACGGAAGAUGCAUAGAUGUGUAUUACUGUCCACAUGAAGAGGAAGAAGCAGACCUUGAAGAUGAUGAUUUGGUUUCUAUUGAUGAUGUUCACUCCAUUUUAGAAGAUGGUCUGAAAGUUAAACAUGUAGAGGACGAUGAAGUUAUAUCUCUCAAAAGAAACUUCAAUGAUCAAUUCCUCAACAAACUUUGUCCAAUACAGAAUGAUGACUUGGUUGAAGAAGAUCAUAAUGCAAUACGACCUAUCUACCCAAGACAUGAUCAUACUCAGGAAUGGAAUGAGAUGAAGCCUCGAUUAGACAUUCCUCUAAGAUGUACCAUUUUCCACCAAACUGGCCACAACAAAGCCAUGUGCCCAAGUAAGCCAACUCCAGCUCCAAGCACAGCUGGUCCAAGUCAAUCAAGUCCAGCUCAUGUCAAGAGAACUCCUGUGAAGAAGGCUCCUGUGAAGAGAAGUCCUAUGAAGAAGGUUCCUUUGAAUGAUGCUGGUAGGGUGAGAAAGUUUUCAGAAAGAAUCACAGAAAUUGGUCUUCAGAAAAAUGUCAAACUCAAGGAUGGAACUGGAUGCAGCCAAGACAAACCUGUGACUUUAGAGUAA